AUAUACUAUUAUUCUAAACGCACAUAUUUUCCCAAGUAUCAAAAAAGAAAUGGCAAAUGACAGUGGAAACAUGUCGAUGCCGAUGCCGAUGCCGUCACCGUACAACAACCAAAGCAUCAUGUACAUGCCCAUGAUGCAGAUGAGCUUCUUCUGGGGCAAAGACGUGGAGGUCCUUUUCUCCGGCUGGCCGGGCUCCGGCCGCCUCGGAAUGUACAUUCUAGCCCUGGCCGUGGUGUUCCUGUUGGCGGUCGCCGCCGAGGUUUUCUCCGUGCCUCCGAAUUUCAAGCCACGGGGCGUCCGCCCGGCCGCCGCAGCGGCCGUACUCGCGGCCGUGUACGGCGUUCGGAUGACUCUAGCUUACUUUGUUAUGCUCGCCGUCAUGUCAUUCAACGUCGGAGUUUUAGUGGUGGCGGUGGCCGGCCACGUCGCCGGCAGUUUCGCCGUUAAAUACAGAGCGCUAGCAGCGGUGGCGCGUGCGGUGGACGGCCCCUGAUUUAUUUGUGGAAAAUGGCCGGCUUCGGUUUGUAUUAUCUUUUAAUUUAUUUUAAGAAUAAUUCUCA